UCCCGCCGCAUGAGCUAGGGUUCGUUGUUUCUUCUGCUGCCGUCGUCUAUGGUGACGCCGAAUAACCUCGCCGGUAUGAUACCACGCGACCAAGACCUGUCGUUCAUGGCGGCGCCAACCGAUCUCGUCGCUGGCGGCCACGUCGCUUCAUGCUACCACGACUCCCCAACCAUGGCUGCGCCGCACGAUCUCGUCACCGGUGGCCGUGUGGCACGGUGCUACGACGUCCUCUCGUCCAUGGCCAUGCCGAACGAUCUAGUCGUCGGCAGACGUGCAAUGUCUACCGUGCAGCAAGAUGCAUCCACCUGCUAUGUGAUGCCGCAGUCGUCGUCCACGGCGACGGACUCCCGGCCGGUGGUUCCAAUGUUAGCUAAGGCGCCACAUCCGUCUAGAACUCUUCCUGUCCCGGUUAUUAUGCAACUCCGAAGCCAACAAGAACAGAUGGUGGCCGGGCGUCAAGACAUCGUUCUGGGCAGCCGGACAAACUCCUCAACCACGGCCACGCGUCAAGACACGUCCAACAGCUUCGUCAUGCAUUCAGUCAGGCCGCCGCCGGCGGCGGCGACGGCGACCUGUCGGUCUACGACUUCUCCUAUUACCGAGGAAAAUAUGGUAUUAUGUAAAUCGACAAACAUGGCGAUGGGCGAGUCGAGCUGUGAGCCUAUGACGCCGAGAAAUAAGUUUACUGAUGAUAUCGACUUGAGUUUGUUGACGUUGAUAAAGGAGAAGAAAAUUGUGCAACUAAGGCAAAGCCCCUCGCGUCGCCCGCGUCUGGCGACACGGGGGAACCAGCGCCGCCGCCCAAGCUCCGCCUACACCGCCGCUCCCCGCAGCGCCGUCGCCGGAGGGCCGGCCGCGCGAAGCCGAGUCGCGCCCAAGGAAGGUGGCGGCGGGGCGGUCUCGUUCCCAUCUCCGUGCCAGAAUCCCUCCCCCAACCCUCGAUCUGGCCGGAGCCGCUCCACCACCGCGCCCCCCUCUCCAGCGCCUCCUCCCUCGUCCACUCCGACGGCGCUUGUCCCCUCCCUGGCCGGUUUCGGGGCGGCGGCGGCGCCCUGA